UUUGUUUGGAGAACGAAGAAAAACUGGGAUUUUGCAAGCGGGGAAUUAGGCAAAUUAAACGUAAUCAUGCUGUUGUUAUAUCACUCUCACAUCUGGCCCCAGAGUGAUUGGCCGGGACGCCUCCGCCGUGCAUGCUGCAGGUGCGGUCAGCCCGGGUGUGAUAGGAAGCGCUUUGUGGUCAGUUGAUCCAGUGCGCAUUAACGAAACCUCUGGCACGGCCCGGAACUCCAAACUUUCAUCGGUAGCGCCAAGUUUGUGGGAUCGUAACUGCACUAAAGGUGUUGGAAGAAAGAAAGAAUAAAGGGGGGCUGUCAGUUUGUCCUGUUACUAUAGGUGCUACUGAAGACUGGAUGCUCUGAUACUCUGCUGCUCAUUCUGGUGACUGAGCCUCCCAUCUGUCCAUCUGCAUCUGUGUGUUGUCUUCUACUGUGGCUCCAAAUCUGCACUGGCUGAACCACAGCCAUGGAGGUGGCCUUGGUAGACUUUGAGAGCCUGGAUGACCUUGAUGGCACCCUUGAAGAUGAGGUGGACAACUAUGCUGAUGAGACCACAGCUCUCACGGUGCACAUGCCCCCAGGGAAUAACAACACAGGCAGCAACUACCUUCUGCGAGCCCCUCAACUUUCCUCUACUCCCUCCUACCACAAUCCUGCGCCCUCCCACAUUUGGGAAUCCACCUCAUCUUCCUCUAUGCCGCAGCCACAAACACUGGGAGUACCCCAGUCCCCAACGAUGCCAGCUUCAUGCAGACACGGGCACAGUAGCUGCACUAACAUGAUCUCCAACUGGAAAUUGCUACUAAGCAGUGAGGGCACUAAGGACAGUGAGAUGAUCUUCAAUCGCCUUGCCAAGGAAUGCUGCGAGGAUCUGUUUGUCGAUAAACGAGGGCUGGAUGAUGGAGACCAGAAAGUCAUCAUCAACAUUGCCGGUCUUCGUUUUGAGACACAACUCAAAACAUUGGACCAGUUUCCUGAGACACUUCUAGGAGACCCUUUGAAGAGGAUGGACUACUUUGAUCCAAUGAGGAAUGAGUACUUCUUUGAUCGGAAUCGACCCAGCUUUGAUGGGAUAUUGUAUUACUACCAGUCAGGGGGUAAGAUCAGACGACCAGCUAAUGUUCCCAUUGAUGUGUUUGCAGAUGAAAUUGUGUUCUAUGAGCUUGGGAAUGAGGCCAUGGAGCAGUUCAGAGAGGAUGAAGGCUUCAUAAAGGAUGUUGAGAUCCCGCUACCUAAUAAUGAUGUGUGCAGGCAGUUCUGGCUUCUGUUUGAGUACCCAGAGAGUUCCAAUGCAGCCCGGGGUGUAGCUCUGGUGUCUGUUUUUGUUAUUGUCAUUUCCAUCAUUAUUUUCUGUAUGGAAACUCUUCCAGAAUUCAGAGAUGAAACUGACCCCAUUGUGCCCUCAGUGGUGCAACCGUUCAACCAAUCCAGACGUUACUCAUCUGUGGCUCCACCCAGUGCAAUGGCCGCAACGUUCACUGAUCCCUUCUUCAUUACUGAGACCGCAUGCAUUGCUUGGUUCUCCUUUGAGCUGUGUGUGCGAUUUUUGGUCUGUCCUAGCAAGAGGGAAUUUUUCCACAACCUCAUGAAUAUCAUUGACAUUAUAUCCAUCAUCCCUUAUUUUGUUACUCUGAUCACAGAACUGGUUACAACGCCACAGGAGAGCUCAGGACAGAAUAUGUCUUUGGCCAUUCUACGUAUCAUUCGCCUGGUCAGGGUGUUUCGUAUAUUUAAACUCUCACGUCAUUCCAAGGGGCUUCAGAUUCUAGGACAGACUCUGAAGGCCAGUAUGCGUGAGCUUGGCUUGCUCAUCUUUUUCCUCUUCAUUGGAGUCAUCCUCUUCUCCAGUGCUAUCUACUUUGCUGAGGUAGACGAUCCUAACACACAGUUUGUCAGCAUACCAGAUGGCUUCUGGUGGGCUGUGGUUACCAUGACCACCGUAGGCUAUGGGGACAUGUACCCCAUUACUGUGGGGGGUAAAGUGGUGGGCACCUUGUGUGCCAUUGCGGGUGUGCUGACCAUUGCUUUGCCUGUUCCCGUCAUUGUUUCCAACUUCAACUACUUCUACCACAGGGAGACAGAGGCAGAGGACAAGUUGCCCUUGGCAGAUGCUGUUGAACAAGCCAUGAAGGCAGACACAGGAGCCAAACAGGGCAGCAACACCUCACUCAAUAUAGCUAAUGGCAUCUGGCAGCGAGACAAAGGGAUAUAACACUAUUAGGAAAUUAUUAAAGAGAAAGAAAGACUUUGCCACAAAGCAGGAAAAAUGAAAGAUAAACAUAAAGGAACUAUACAUAUACAUAAAGGAAACUGACUGAUUCAAUUUCCUUUAAAGAAUGGUCAGUGGGAUCAGUGAGAUAUCUUGUUUGUACCUAGUGAAACAUAGGUUUACUAACAAUGCAUAGGAUUUACCAUACUUACCUCUUUUGUCUUUAAUAGGAAAAUGGCAUGUUGAAAAUAACAAACAAGUGGAAGAAUUCAGUAUGUUCAGGAUUAUAUGUCACCAUAUUUCAAGUUUAAUUAGUGUUUCAGUUGCAUAGAAACAAAAAAAUCUUCAUUGUCAUUAUUCAAUAUGUAUUUUAUUAUUUUGUUUUCAUUUUCAUUAUCAUGGCCAUUAUUCCUAUUGCUGAUAAUAUUUUGCACACAAGCUUCACUGUUGAGAUUCUGACCACAAGUUAAAUGUCACAGUCAGAAGUGUUUAUAUGACUGUAUGUAAACUGCACUGCAGAUUCUUGGUUCGGUUUCUAGGAAUGACCUUUCUACUGCUAGGUAUUAUGUGCUACUGCUGGAUUUAUGUGAUGAGUAACAGAUAAUGGAAAGGUGAGCAACCCAUGAUAUAUUUGCAGCACUCAAGUUGGACAGUUUGGGUAAUGCCUUUUAUCUCUCAUCUUCAAAAAUGCUGUUCGAGGCAUAUGUUCUGUCUCACCCAGUGGAUGAAGCUUUCCUCAGCAGAUGAACUGUGCAAACCUACAAGGCCAGUCCUACAAGACCCAGGUUGUUAAAUAAACACAAAAAAUCUGCAAAAUAUUUUUUUCCUGUCAGUGUCUUAAAUGCAUAACUUAUGUAUAGUUUCUAGAUUAUAGCCCUGUUACAUUUAUUUUAAAAUGUAUUUAUUGUAUGUAUUCAUUAUCUUUCAUAAGUAGCAUGGGUAAUGGAGUGCCUUAAAUUACAGAUGGGUGACUAAUUAAAGGAAAUACCAACAUAAAGGCCACAUGAUUCACAUCAUCUUCAUGCUCAUCAAACAAUUGUGACACCCAGUGGCCUGUGGAUGGGGGCGCUGUCAUCAUGGAAGAGACCAUUCAUUUAUACAGGUUUUUUUUUUCUUUAAUUGGUCACCUGUCUGUAUAUAAAGUUGGAAUACUGUUGAAUUCACCAUAUAUAUUCUUACUGUUAUAACACCUAUGAUUAUCAUGGAUAUAUGCUCAGUAUUUUCAGUUUGAUUGAAGUUGUAACUUUUCUCCAUUAUAGCAUUGUGAGAGUUAUUUUCCUAAAAUCUGUUAAACAGAGACAUGCACUCUGACCUGAAAUACAGUCUACCCCAUCUGAAGUUUAGUAGCUCUCAUCUGUUUAUGAGGUAGAUAGAAUCCUUAAAAUUGUGGAUUUCAUGCUAUAAACAUCAUCUCCAUCCAUUAGUGGAUAUCUUACUGAAUCAGUAAACCUUAUUAUUUUAAAAAACAUUGA